AUGCUGUGCGUAGAGCGUAGGAACCGCGGGAAUUUCACAAACAGAACACGUCUGCGAAUGCUGGUCGGCGAUUUCGAUUCGCCGGAGCGCGUUUCGAUGCAGAAAAUGGGUCGUGAAUGGAUCAAUACCCCCGAAUUCAAAGCGAUCAAUUUGCAGAGCGCACACGAAGCCAUCGUUUUACUGCGAAAUUCCCGCGGGUUGCUGCCGUUGCGUGGGGAUUACAAGCGAAUCGCGGUUAUUGGCGCGAAUGCAAACAGCACCGUGGUGUUCACAGGCGAUUACGAGGGAUUGGCAGAUCACAUCUACACGCUUCUCGAGGGCGUUUCAUUGCGUGCACCUCGCGCGGAGGUCGUGUUUGCUCCGGGUUGCCGCGAUAUUUUCUGCAAUAGCACGGAGCUCUUCGAUGACGCACUUUCCCUCGCGAAAACCGCGGAUCUGGUCAUUCUGGGAUUCGGUACGGACAAAAACGCGGCCUGUGAGCGCGACGAUUUGAUGGAAACCACGUGCGAGGGCGUUUCGAUCGGCGCGACGCAGCUCCCUGGCUGUCAAGGCCGCCUGUUCGACGCGAUUUUGAGCGUCAAUCCGAACGUUGUGUUGGUCGGAAUGAGCGGACAGCAGCUGAACAACCCGAAGAACGCGGAGACCGUUCUGUUCGCGCCGUUUUUGGGCAACUUCGGGGGCCUGGCGAUCGCGGAUGUGCUGUUUGGGCGUUUCAAUGUGGGCGGUCGGCUUCCGUUUACGUUGUAUAAAGAAACGGAGAAGCUGCCUGCGAUUGGGAGCUACGAUAUGACGAGUUAUCCGGGAAGAACGUAUCGAUAUCAUCGAUUGGAGCCCGAAUUCCCGUUUGGAUUCGGCUUGUCGUAUUCGAAGUUCGAGUAUAGUGAUCUUCGCGUGUCGACCAAUCAAAUGAAGGCGUGCGAAUCGGUCAAAGUGGAAGUGGAGGUGAAGAAUUUGGGUCCUUAUGAUGGAAAUGAAGUCGUGCAGUUGUAUGUGUCGUUUUUGAAUGUGGGAGCGGAGCUUCCGAUCGCGCUGACGCCAAUUCGAACGCUGCAAGGAGUCGAGAGAGUGGAGAUUCGCAAUGGAGAGACGAAGACGGUGCGAUUUGAACUGGAGCCGAUCAAUUUCUCGCUAAUUGAUGAGAAUGGAGCGCGAAGAAUCUUUGAGGGCGCGUAUGAAAUCCAGGUGGGAGGCGGACAGAAGGGAUAUGCGGAGGUGCUGACGCAGAAGGUGGAGAUCCGCGGACCGAGCGUAGAUAUGGAAAAAUGCUCGAAGAUCACCUAUUAUUGCCCGGAUUUCUCGAAGUAUUGAGCGUGGUAACAAUGAGAAGAAAGAAUUAUUUGGAAA